GGCUGCGGGUGGGAGCGCAGGGUGUCGGCACGGGGCUGUGACACCCCCACACGUGGCGAUGUCCCCACCAACUUCUGUCCCAUUUCCUUCAUGCGCCCCCCCCCCCAUCCCAUCCCAUCCGAGGUGCUGCCCCUCCCGGGGAUGCGGUUCCGUGGGGCCGCACGCCGACCCCGCAGUCAUGGGCAGAGGCAGCAGAGGAAGCUCCCAGCAUCGGGAGGGCUGGGGGACAAUGGAACAAUGGCACGGGAUGUGACUCACGGACAGCGAGGGGCGGCAGGUUCAAGGACACAACGGCUCCAGAAGUUUGGGUUUGGAAAACCCUAAGGGGAAAAAAAAAAAGAAAUAAAUAUCAAAUAAAAGGGCCUUUGAGAGCCGCACGUCGGGGCUCAGCGUGGGAGAGAGAGGGAGCUUGGAGCUGGGGGGGUGAGGGAAGACGUGAGCAGCUCGCAGAAGGAAAUGACAGCAGUGAUGCCGUGGGAGCGCAGGAAGGACGGGCACAGCGAGAGGUGAGUGUGGGUCACAGCGGGACAGUCCCUGUGUCCCUGCACUGUGUGGGGCUGCAGGGUGAGGCUGUGCCCAACCAGUGAGGGGAUGGAGGUGCGGAGCCCCCCUGGGCUGUGGGAUGUGUGUGGGGCAGGCGGUGACCCCGGGAAGCCAGGUCAGCCCGCACCGAGGAUGCUGAGGCUCAGGAAAAACAGCCUGUCCUUGGGAGAUAAUGGCACAAAGGAGAGGAUGUGUCUCACCCAUCGCCGCAGCCGCUGCACGGCGAAAGCAGGGACAGGAAUCCAGCUGCUCAUCCCAUUCACUCAGUGGAAGCUCAUGGCAGCCCCUGCCCGGCCCUGCACAGCGCUGCUCCUUCCCCUGCUCUACGUCAGGUCGCUUCCUCCCAGCUGCUGCAGACGCACCAGUGCCCACGUCCCAUGCACUUAACGUGGCCGUGUGCCCAGCUGGGACCCCAGUGCUUUGCUCCCACCCACGUGCUUGGGUUCAUGUCAGCGGGGUCCCCUCAUGGCCUCCCUUCCUCCCUCCCUGUGCCUUCAGAGCUGCUGAAAUCCAACAGCUCCCGGUGGCUGCUGACCCCAGGGGACGUACCAGGCUCCCAGGCGCUGCUGCUGGAUGAGGACAGGGCCUGGCUGAUGGUGGGAGCCAAGAACCACAUCGUCCUGCUGCACCUGGAGCAGCCGGGCAGGGAGCCCGAGAAGAUCUCCUGGCCGGCACCCAGGGCGCAGGUGGAGCAUUGCCUGCUGACCGGGAAGGACGUGGAGACUGAGUGCGCCAACUUCAUCCGCCUCCUCCAGCCCUACAACAGCAGCCACGUGCUGGCCUGCGGGACCGGCGCCUAUCAGCCCGUCUGUGCCUUCGUGCAGCUGGGAGCCCACGGGCAGGGUCCCGGGGUCCCGGUGAUGCGGCUGCUGAGCCACUCCCUGCAGUCGGGGCGAGGACGGUGCCCAUACAGCCCCCGGCAGCCCUUUGCUGCACUGCUGGUCGAUGGGCAGCUGUACUCGGGCACCUCCAGCGAUUUCAUGGGCAGCAGCGCCGCCUUCUUCCGCACCGAGGUCGGUGGAGCUGAGCGGGGCUACAUCCGUACGGAGCAGCACCAGGACCACUGGCUGCACGAGCCCACAUUCAUCGGUGCCUUCGCCAUCCCCGACACCCACAACCCACACGACGACAAAGUCUACGUCUUCUUCCGUGAGAUGGCCCUGGAGGGCGGGCAGUGGGAGCGGCGGCACAUCCACGCCAGGGUGGCCCGGGUCUGCAAGAACGAUGUCGGAGGGAAGCGUGGCCUCAUCAACCGCUGGAGCACUUUCCUCAAGGCCCGUCUGCUGUGCUCCAUCCCUGGACCCCAGGGCACGCAGACACACUUUGACCAGCUGGAGGACGUUUUCCUUCUCCACACACGAGACCCGCAGAACCCCCUCAUCUUCGGCCUCUUCACGGCAUCCAGCGCUGUGUUCAGUGGCUCCGCCGUCUGCGUCUACUCCAUGGCUGCAGUCAGGGCAGCCUUCAGCGGCCCCUUUGCGCACAAGGAGGGCUUCGACCACCGCUGGACGCAGUACAAGGGCCGAGUCCCCUAUCCCCGCCCUGGCACGUGCCCCAGUGAGACAUACGACCCCCUGCUCCGCUCCACCAAGGACUUCCCCGACGAGCUGAUCAGCUUCGUGCGCACCCACCAGCUGAUGUGGGAGCCCAUCCGCCCGCUGGGCCGCCGGCCCGUCCUGCUCCGUGCCAACGUUCCCUACCGGCUGCGGCAGCUGCUGGUGCACCGGCUGGAGGCUGAGGGCCGCCACUACGACGUGCUCUUCCUUGGCACAGAUGAUGGGAAGGUGCUGAAGGUGGGGCUGCCCGGUGAGGCGGGUGCUGAGGCUGUGAGUCUGGAGGAGAUCAGCGUCACCGAGGUGCCUUCACCCAUCCUGGACAUGAAGCUGUCACCAAAGCGGCAGGAGCUGCUGGUGAGCAGCACGCAGGGGCUGCUGCAGCUCUCCCUGUCCCGCUGUGAGCUCUACGGGCAGACCUGCAUGGACUGCUGUCUGGCCAGAGAUCCCUACUGCACGUGGGACGGCAGUGCCUGCAGCCCAAUGCUGCUCACAGAGAAGCGACGUGCCCGGUGCCAGGACGUGCUGAAGGCUGAUGUGCUCAGCCAGUGCCAGGACACAGCAGAGGGGAUGGUGGCCGUGGAGCGGCCGGUGUUCGGUGUGGAGAAGAACUCCACGUUCCUGGAGUGCCGGGCGCGCUCCCCGCAGACAGCGGUGCGGUGGUUGGCACAGCGUGGAGAGGGGCCGGGGCUGAGCGAGGUGAGGAGCAGUGGGCGCGUGGCGGUGCUGGAGCAAGGGCUGCUGAUCCGCCAGCUGGACCGGGAGGACGCUGGCACCUACGAGUGCCAGGCUGUGGAGCGCUCCUUCUCCCGGCCCCUCACGCGCUACAGCCUGCACAUCAUCCAGCAUGAGGCCACAGAGCCCCCACAUCGCCACAGUAAAGGAGCCGAGAGCAGCUGGACGGACCCUCGGGCGCUGGGGGCACCGGGCAGCGGCAGCCUGGAAUCCUACUGCACCGCACUGCGGCUCCGCGAGCGGCAGCGGCAGAAGGCCUGGCAGCAGAAGUGGCAGCACCGUGCGCCCGAGAGCAAGAGCAGCCGUGUGCGCCGGCAGCCCCGGAGGCUGUAGGGGCACAGAGCCUCCCCAAUACAACUACCUCACACUGUGCUGGGACUGCCUGCCUUGGCUCCUGGACACAAAGCCUGCGUGCCCUGAGGAGCUGAUUCCCAUUCUUCCCUGGCCUGUUCUUAGCAGCAAUAAGGAAGACAAGAGGCUGAGAAUGGAAAGCAGCCAUUCUUGCACGUGGCUCCCAGCACUCGGCAGCACCUGGACCCACAGUGGGUGCAGCACCCACCCCCAGCACCAUCCCGGAGGGCUGAGGGGUGCCCACCGCUCCCAGCCCAGCCCACAGCACUGUUAUGGAUUCCAAAGCCAGAGAGACAACAGGCAAUUAUACCAACUUACAAUUUAUUAUUAAAAACAAAAAAAUGACAUGAAACACAAGUAAAAAUAAAUACAUCAUAUAAACAACA